AUGACAAUAGAUUUGCAGUAUCGAGAUUGGUGGGGGCCCCGCCUGGAUAUAUCGGAUAUGAAGAAGGUGAACACAUCCGCGCUCGCUUUAUGUGGAGAGUUGACAGAAGCGGUUAGAAGAAAACCAUUUUCCGUGGUAUUGUUGGACGAAAUGGAAAAGGCCCAUAGAGCAGAUGUAGCAAAUUUGCUAUUACAAAUAUUAGAUGAUGGCUAUAUUACUGAUUCACAAGGUCGAAAGAUCGAUUUCCGAAAUACAAUAAUAAUAAUGACAAGCAAUCUUGGGGCCGACAUACUAGCAUCAUCAGCGGAAAUAAAUGAUACAGGCGGCAAAGUUAGCGAAUUAACUAAUAGAGCGGUCCUUGAUGUCGUGAGAAGACAUUUCCCUCCAGAAUUCGUUAAUAGGAUUGAUGAGAUG